GAGAGAGAGAGAGAGAUCGCGUUCUUAGCAGAACAGGAAACGGGAGGACGGCAUCACUCUCUGUCCUCUGUCGUCUUUCACCUAUUCUCUUGUCUUACCACUGGACUGUGUGUGUGUGAGUGUGUGUGAGUGUGUGUGAGUGUGUGUGGUACACUGUGCAGCUGUAACAGAGAGGCGUCUGUGGGAAAGGAAGCUUCUCCCUCACUCGUUCUUCUCUGGAACAGACUCCUAUCCCUCCAUCAAUCCUUUCAUCCACACUCCCUCUCGCUCCCUCUCUACGGGAUCUUACACAAAAGCUUCAUGGGAAAGAGAUUGGAACAGCAACCAAUGUAUCAGUGUACUUAUUACCUCCCACACUACCUCCAGACCAAGCAGACCUAUGCCCCUCCUUCACACCCAAUGGCUCCGCCCAGUCCAGGCAGUACUAGCUGCAGUCAGAGUGGAGUGGAACAACUCAGCAAGACCAACCUGUAUAUUCGGGGCCUUCCCCCUGGAACAACAGACCAAGACCUCAUCAAACUCUGCCAACCCUACGGAAAGAUCAUCUCUACCAAGGCCAUUCUGGACAAGAAUACCAACCAGUGCAAAGGAUAUGGCUUUGUUGACUUUGACAGUCCUGCGGCGGCUCAGAAAGCUGUCUCGUCCCUCAAAGCCACUGGAGUCCAAGCACAGAUGGCCAAGCAGCAGGAACAAGACCCCACCAACCUCUACAUCUCCAACCUCCCUGUGUCCAUGGAUGAGCAGGAACUGGAGAACAUGCUCAAGCCCUUUGGUCAUGUGAUCUCCACGCGGAUACUACGGGACGCCAGUGGGGCCAGUCGAGGGGUGGGCUUUGCCAGGAUGGAAUCCACGGAAACAUGUGAGGCUGUGAUUCAACAUUUGAAUGGCAAAUAUCUGAAAACCCCUCCAGCUAUUCCAGCCCCUGCAGAGCCAUUGUUGUGCAAGUUUGCAGAUGGUGGUCAGAAGAAGAGACAGACUCAGAGUAAAUACCCUCAGAGCACCCGAGCCUGGCACAGAGAAGGGGAGACUGGAGUGGCAUUAACAUAUGAUCCAGCAGUUAUGCAGAACGGGUUUUAUUCAUCUCCUUACAGUUUUGCCACUAACAGAAUGAUCGCCCAAACCUCCAUCACACCUUUCAUUGCUGCUUCACCUGUUUCGACAUAUCAGGUCCAGAGCACAUCAUGGAUGCCUCAUCAGCAAUAUGUUAUGCAACCAACCGGGGCAGUGAUUUCUCCAGCGCUGGAGCACACCACAGUCUCCAUGCAGCCUACUCACCUGGUGGCUCCUCUCACUCAGCAGAUGAACCACCUCUCAUUGGGCUCUACUGCUAGUUAUAUGAGUGCUGCAGCUGCUGUGGCUCCUAUGCAAGGGACAUACAUCCCCCAGUACACUCCACUGCCUCCAUCAGCUGUUCCUGUAGAGGGCUUGGUGACUGAGGCAUCACAGACAGUCGCAUCAUCGCAGGACAUCAAUGCACCACAGCAACAGAUCGCAGUAGAGACGAGUGAUCAUAUUCCACCAUACUCCUACCAGUCCAAAUAGCAUGUGGACCAGGUGAAUGGACUGGGCAGCACAGGUGCCUUCUGGGGCAGGACAUCAGUGCUGAGAAUGAGAGAAACUGCUUCCAGGUCAUGAACUCUUUUUUUUUCCCUGCCUGGAUAUGACAAAGGAUGACUAUUUGGGCCAUGGAGUUGAGAGUUGUUUUUGUUUCAUCGUGUGACCUCAUCGUUGAGCUGAAGUUUAAAACGUUUGUCCUAAAAAGAAAUCAAAAAAUAAAAUUGCAAAAAAGUACAAAAAAUGUUUUAAAACUGUUAAAGAGAUAGCCCAAGUAGAUAACUCAUAUUUUUUAAAGGACGAGGAGAAAGAAGUUUGGAGAAACACCGAUUGUCUUCCUCAGAUAUGAAGCUACACUCACUUUUCUCUCUUUAUAAGUUUGAAUUUUGAUUUUUUAAAAUAGAUUUAUGAUAAAUGUUUUUCUUUAGUCUUUGUUGUCUUAAUUUUGAGGAUGUCAGGCACUUUGAUGUUGUUGCAGUUUUUUUAUACAAGGUCCCACUUGGUGUCUUGCGUUACCCUGUCGAUGACACCAGGUGCUGAACAAUGUUUAGCUGCAGAGAUUAAGAAAAAAAUAACAUAUAUGCUGUACAGAUUAUCAGAGAUUUUCUGGACUAUCUUUGAAGAAUUAUGUUGGUAAUAUGAUGUGGUACAGACUGACCCUUCAGGAGAAAGACGGCUUCCACUACAGACUGCCCCUUCUGGCUUCAGGAGGUCUUGUCAUCUCGCUUCAUGCAGUUUGCUACAAAUUUUUAUCAUCGUGAUUAUAAUUUGUCAAAUUUGCCAUGUUUUACUUUUUCAAUAAAAUUCUGUAGAUUGCUUUGCUUCUUACACUGCGGCAAAACAGAAAGAAGAAAAAUAUAAAAUCUUGAGUAAAAAUGAAAACUAUGUUGCCGUGGUGAAU